UUCUCCUAAAUAUCCGUCCUCUUAACUAGUUAAUCAAAUCCCUUCAGUCUUCUAUACAGAUCAUAUAUCUAUACAUCUAUAAUCUAUCUAUCUAUAUAUCUGUAAACCCCAAAAAACACCAAUUUCAUUUUCACCCAUUAAAAUAUUCAUAUAUUUCGAUCUGAUUUCAAGAAAAAUCUUAAGAAUCUUGGCCUGCAUUAUCACUGCAAUUAGUUUAGAAUCAAUUUAACACACCAAGUUUGAAUCUUGAUUCAGUUUAUGGGCCAAAGUUUUAUGCUUUAUUGAUUAAUGGUCUAGUCUUUGCUAUUUCUAAGUACUAAUCUUUCUAUCAAAAUUUGAUUUGGGUGUGUGAGAAACUUGUAUUUUGAAGAUUCUGUGUUUUGGGUUUUGAUGGAUCUAAGUGCAUUUUGAAGAUCUUGGAUAUUGUUGGAGUGAAGUUGUUUUUAAGGAAAUUUAAUUGAAGUGUAACACGUUUUCUUUAUUAAUCGGGAACUUCAUUUAAUUAUGGAUCAUGUGAUUGGUGGAAAGUUUAAGCUUGGUAGAAAGAUAGGAAGUGGGUCUUUUGGAGAACUUUAUUUGGGAGUAAAUGUUCAAAGUGGUGAAGAAGUUGCAGUAAAGCUUGAAUCGAUCAAGACCAAGCACCCACAACUUCACUAUGAGGCCAAGUUGUACAUGCUUCUUCAAGGAGGAACUGGUGUUCCCCAUCUCAAAUGGAUUGGAGUUGAAGGCGAAUACAAUGCUAUGGUCAUUGAUCUUCUUGGACCAAGUUUAGAAGACUUGUUCAAUUAUUGUAAUCGCAAAUUCACUUUAAAAACAGUUUUAAUGCUCGCUGAUCAGUUGAUAAACAGAGUAGAAUAUAUGCAUUCAAGAGGUUUUCUUCAUCGUGAUAUAAAACCAGAUAACUUUUUGAUGGGUCUAGGACGAAAGGCAAAUCAGGUUUACAUUAUUGAUUAUGGUCUAGGAAAAAAGUAUAGGGAUCUCCAGACACACAAGCAUAUACCAUACAGGGAAAAUAAAAAUCUCACUGGUACAGCCCGUUAUGCAAGUGUUAAUACUCAUCUUGGAGUUGAGCAAAGCAGGAGAGAUGACCUGGAGUCUCUUGGUUAUGUCCUCAUGUAUUUUUUGAGAGGAAGCCUUCCUUGGCAGGGGCUGAAAGCCGGCACUAAGAAACAGAAGUAUGAUAAAAUUAGUGAAAAGAAGAUGCUUACGCCUAUAGAGGUGCUAUGCAAGUCAUAUCCUACCGAGUUCAUAUCAUAUUUUCACUAUUGUCGAUCAUUGCGCUUUGACGACAAGCCGGAUUAUUCAUACUUGAAAAGGCUUUUCCGGGACCUUUUCAUCCGAGAAGGUUACCAGUUUGACUAUGUUUUUGACUGGACUAUCUUGAAGUAUCCUCAAAUUGGUUCAGGUUCCAGUUCUAGACGGACGGCUGGCAAACUACCAUUGAAUCUCGGGUCACCGGCAGAAAGAGUGGAAAAAACCCCAGUGAAACCAGAGGUUCGAGAUAGAUUCCCUGGCACAGUUGAGGCAUUUGCUCGGCGUAAUGGUUCUGGUAGUGGCUUGCAUGGUGAUCAUUCGAGACAUAGAUCUUCAGAACAUACAACACCAUCCAAAGAAAUGCAUGGUGACUCUGAUCGAGGCCGCAUUACACGAACCGGGAGUACUUCUAAAAGAGCAAUCGUGUCGAGCAGCAGACCAAGCUCAUCUGGUGAGCCCACCGAUAGUCGAUCAAACCGGAUAGGUUCAAGCAGCGGUCGCAUGUCAACUGCCCAUAGACUCCACUCUCAACCUGGAUUUGAGUCCAAAUCAUCGUCUUUCACACGGGCUGUACCCUCAUCAAGAGGUGGUCGUGAUGAUGCUCUUAGAAGCUUUGAACUCUUAACUAUUGGCAAGAGGAAAUAAGAAGCCAUUUUUCGAAAUUGUGGGUCCUUUCUGAAUAACCAUUUUUAUUGAUCCAUCUACAGCGAAACCUUGAAAAGAUUUCUUUGAUCACUUAAACCUUGAAGAAUGAGAGAUUACAUCUCAUUUUAGGGUGGAUGUUUAUGUCCAUGUUGAAGAAUCAUUGAAAUCAAAUUUGGCCUCUUGUCAUCUUUGAAAUCGCAGGGUCCUAUGAAAGUCAAAUUAUGUCAGAUUACUUGUAUUUUAUACGCUAAAAGUUGUACCUGUACACAUCUGUACACACCUGUAACUGAGUUUUUUUUUUUUUUUUUCUUUUUCUUUUCUGUUCAUCGAAGAUACUGCCUUACCCAAAGCAAAGCAAAACAUUUCUGCUUGCUGCUCUGUUUACUGUAUCUUGUGAAUGCAUCUCUAUUGUAGAUUUUUGAAACUUGUUGAAAACAAGGGACAAAUAUAUAAAAUUGUACUGAUAUCACAUUGUCACAA